AUGUAUGCAUUGAAUUCUCCUAUGCAAAGAUUUUUACAAGCUCAAAGUAAAGUAAUACCAUUGGCUUGGAUAUCAUUUCUAGUGUUAGUAAUUCACGUUCCAUUAAGUUGGUUUUGUGUUAUGAGAUGGGGUUUGGUUGGAGCAGCGGCUUCUUUGAAUUUUUCAUGGGUCUUGGUUGUCAUUCUUCAAUAUGCUUAUAUUGUCUCCAGAAGUUGCAAUGAUUGUUGGAGUGGGUUUUCAUGGUUGGCUUUUACUGAAUUGCUUGAUUUUCUAUGGUUAUCUCUGGCUUCAGCUGUCAUGCUCUGCUUGGAAUAUUGGACACUUAUGGUUUUGCUUGUAUUUGCGGGAGUACUUAAAAAUGCUGCAGUUAAAGUCGAUGCUGCUGCUAUCUGUUUGAACAUCGAAGGAUGGAUAUUUAUGUUUCCACUUGGGUAUCUUGUUGCUACCAGUGUAAGGGUCUCGAAUGCAUUGGGAUCAGGAAAUGCAGCAGCUGCAAAAUUCUCUGUUUGGGUUACUGUCUCAAAUGCUCUAGUUACACAGAGUGUUUUUGCUAUCUUGCUUUUCAUAACAAGAAAUGACUUCCCAAAACUCUUUACAGAUGAUAAGAUUGUUAUAAAAGAAGUUAGUGCCUUAGCCGUGUUUUUAUGCAUCUCAAUCUUACUAUGUGCCAUCCUGCCCGUUUUAUCAGGUAUGGCCAUUGGAGCUGGUUGGCAAGCUGUUGUAGCCUAUGUAAAUUCCAUAACCUACUAUCUCAUUGGGUUGCCCAUCGGCGUCUUUAUGGGAUUCAAAUUAGAUUGGGGUCUAGAGGUUUAG